UAUUUUGUUUAAAUCCCUCACAGUGAUCCAGAAUGUACAAGCACCGUUGGUAUUGAUUCCGCAUUGCAAUGCUGGUUCUGGUGUUAAAGGAACAACAAAGAAUCGAAAUCGAGGACCACGAAUAUUCCCGAGAGGAACCAGGGUAGUGGAAGGAGAUUAUGUUCAUUCUGGUUACUUGUUGGCAAGGAUGGUGCGAAAGUUCCGCUGGUUGCCGGGAGCUAAUGUUGUUGCUGGAAGAAAAAUGCGACUUGUAGCAAAAUGUUCCGGCACUGUUCGAUUCACCAAAGAAGUUUAUAUUCCUGGACCUGAGUCGCCAGAUGCAGAGAUUGCGAAAAACUUUGUAAAAGGGGCUGUCAUGUACAGGACGUUUAUAAAUGUGGUUCCAGAAAGAGAUGUUGGACGUUUUAAAUUAGUUGAAACUGUAUAAAUCGUGUUUUUCAUUUUAAUUAUAAAUCUUGUUUCAUUGCUAUUUAAAUGUGUUUAUAUUUUGGUUUUUUUUGGGUGGGAGGUAAUGAUGUCUAAAUGAUUUGCUUGUGCAUGCUAGAACAAACCAUAUUCCAGUGAAUAUUGA